UGUUGAAUGAUUAUGAGCAAAACUUGUCAAUUAUGCCUGGGUGGUUAGAGAUCAAAUCAAGCACCUCUUUCUUCGAGUAGUCGAAGUUGGUGAGGCCAGCCAAUCCCUUCAACACCAGCGACAUCAAGUCGUAGGCUCUGGCCGCCUCUUGCUCAGUCGUGUACGAGUGGAUGUAGGUCUUCCUGUCAAAGAUGUCGAUGAGGGCUUGCCACUUCGCGUGGUUCUUGAACACUCCGGUGAAGCGAGACCUUCUGGUGCUGGCUUGUCUGUUCAGAGAGCGGGCAACUUUGCGUCUCCCCCUCACAAUAGUACAGGCUGGGUCAUCAACAGCAUCGAGUUGUCUGUGGAGGAUGGCAUAUCUGGAUCUGAGGAAGGCAGUCCUGUGCUCAGGUGAGACUCUGGGAGCUCUACGACCUCUAGUGGAUCUGGGGUCUGGUAUACUGUCUUUAGUUUCUUCUUGAUGAUUGAUUUGAUUCACAAUUGAUGGUGAGCUGUCUUGUUGCUUAUAGCUUGGAAGUUCUAACCCACAGAUGCAAUAUGCUUGCUCUAACUGGGCCAGGCUCAUAGCAAAGCUUUGAGCUAGCAAUGUUGGCUUGAGAGUAAACAGCUCACUUACUGGCUGCCUUUGGUCUUUAAUAGCCAAAGCUAAUUCUCUAUUCUUUUUCAUUUUCAUUUUAUUAAUUAUUAUAUAUUCUUCUUACAGGUUUUAACUUUUAAGUAGCUAUCAGGGUCUGCAUACGACCUAGGGUUAGAAGAUGCUAAGCUUCAUGGUUUUAGAAAAUGUUGUGCCAAAGAACCAUGGAAAAAUAUUUCCUUGCUCAUGCUAUAUUUUAAAUACAAACUAGUCCUUUGGCCGCUACGGAGUCCGAAUGCAUGAUAACUAAUUAUUAGAAUACUUUGCUCAGAGGCUUUAAAGCAGGAGUCUUCCAAAGAGAAGCCUCCUGGAAUAGGUCCCAGAGAUGUUUUGGUUUGCAGGCGUAGCCAAAGUGCCAACAAGAGGUCUUUUUCCUAAAUCCUUCCAAAUUUUGAAAAUUUUUGAAAAAUUUCUUGACUUAUAUUAUUAAAAGAAGGUUUGAAGAACUUAUGUAUUUCCACAUAUUCUCUGGCUAUCCCUCAGUCUAUGAGCUACGGGACAAGGACAAUUUCCUUCCGUAGCAAACUCUACACAGAGCUUUAGAUUUCUGCUUCAUUGCAUAACUUGGAUAAUCAACUCCAUUUAUGAAGCAGACCUCAUUAGAUUAUAUGUAACCGAAUUCGGCAUAACUCUCUUUCCAGAAUGGAGGGGCCAGGCUAAACCAGAUAAAUCUGGUUAUCUCAGUGGCUUUUACUUUUCGUUAUUCGGAGAAAUCCAGAACAACAAAUUUAUUGUACUUUUAGAAAUCAUAGAUGGUACUCUAACCAAGAUAUGUUAGAAAAAUUACUAUAGCCUCUUUCUCAGGCUGAAGCUCAGCUGAUAAACCUCCCCAUCAAUUGUAGUUGUUAGGGCAACCAUUUUGGUCCAAGAGAGCUCUUCGAGACACGUCUGAGAAGUGGGAUAAAAAGGUUAACCUUAUUCGGAUUAAUUCCAACUUUUCAGUGAUCGCCAUUAAAGAAAUUACGAUGAAGGGUAAAUUAACUCAUAAAAUCUUUACUUUUGUUAUGAAAAUUGCAUGAAAAUUCUUUGAUUAGGAGACUCCUCCAAGAUAGUAGAAAGCAACUAAGCAGCCUGAUUUGUCCUCAUAAUUAAAAUAAUUAAGAUUAGUCAGGAACUUUUUAAAACAACAAAUGUUUAGAUAUCUAUUUAUAAGCUGCCAUGAAUAACCAAACUGUAAUUAUGAAGGAUACUCAGCCAUCUGAUAAUAAAGUAGCUGAACACAAGUCUAGGGUUAGUAUGAAGCCUCUCGUUGUAUAAAUUUAAUUUAGAGCCGCUCAUGAUGGGAUAUAACUGCAGGCUAAUGAACUCUGAUUUCUCAUCAACCCUAUGUGGAAAGAAAUUAUGUUCAUUAGAGCCAUUCGUCUAUGAUUAAAAAGUAAGUUAUCAUCACUAAUAUAGCGAGCUUAUCAACCUCCAAAGCUCUAGAGAUUUCUAAUUGGUCGCAUGUCCUUACUGUUGGCCUGGAGAUCUUGGCACUUGAUUCAAGAGGCUGAUAAAAAUAAGGUGGACCAAGGUAAGAUAAGGCUCGUCACCAAAAUGGAAAACCCGAAUCAUCCUCAAGCUUUAUAAUCCCUAAUUUUUGCGGCUUCAGGACGAGAGAAAGUAAAACUUUGUGUAUCUAAAGCCCAGGGGCAAACAGACAAAGCUUUGAUAAACUGAGGCCUGUAAUUUUGGUAGAGUUCACCAGGAUUAGUAUAUCAAUUGCCUCUUCAAUGGAAAUAUAGGUUGAGUAAAGAGGUUUAUACCUCACUCUAAAGCCGUGCUUAAAAAGAAAUUACUCAUCUAGUGAUCUUAUCUUUCCUUUGGUGGCGAAAUUGGAAUUUAUUGAAAGCAAGGGCUGCCCUUAAUAAACCUUAUUAAGUUCGAGUAGUAUUUUUAGUAAAAGUAAGUUGAAAUUUUGGCUGAUUUCUCGAACUAAUCAUCACUUUAAGAAUAUUUUCAAAGCUAGAGGUUGAUGUUCUGCCUAUUUUCAGGUGCCUUAAUUAUGAAAAGCUUCUUAACCUCAUUAUUAUCGACAUCAGGAGUAUUCCCGAUUGUAUUUCUAUUAUAACUGCAUUUUAGUGGUAUGAUAAGAGACUCCAACCAGCAAUUCUCUUGAUCUCUCUUAUCACGAACAGCCUCUGCUAGUAAUUAUCAAGUGAGUUGGGCCUAGUACUCACUGCUGCUAGAGAAUUCUUACCCUAUUAUCAAUUAACAGAUUUUCAGAAAGUAAAAAUCUUCUCAUAAUUCUGAGCUUUAUUUUCAGGCUUGAAGCGCUCCAAUUAGUUCUGAUUUCAGCUUUCUAGAGUACCAAAAUGACAGUGGCCCAAAUAUUGAUGCUUAAAAAUGUCUACCCAAAUUCAUUGCUCUUGUAAUAAAAUUAUGACAUUUUCUUGGCAGCUGAUUUUAAACUAUGCUGAUAGAUAGAAAAAACUUUCUGCACGACUCUCUGAUUUAGCCAUCUCUUGUGGUAACACUUAGUAGGUGAUUCAGGCAGAGGUUUCAAGGCCGUACUCUUCAGAGUGUUAAUGACCCCAAACACCUAAUAAUUUGAGCUUUUAGUGAAGCUAUUACUUCACCCAUCUCGUGAAGUAAGCACUGGAGUUUACUCAGAACAUAAGCUAGUCUUUAUCAAUUAGUUUAUUGAAUAAAGGAGUCAUAUUUGUUAGUCAUAAGAUAACUUAAUGGGACUUGAUUAAACUCGUUUUAGAGUUUUCACAUUUUAUAUAUUUCCGAGAUGCAAAGAACCUUCAAUCGUCUCCACAUGUAGCAACAAAGCAUAGAGUUCCAAGACAACUCAUAAAUUUUUUUUUUAUAGAUAUUGCAUUAAAGUGUUUUUUCAGAACUUUGGAUGGCUUUCAAAAAAUCUGUAAACUUACAUUGGAAUAGCCGAAAUUUGGAUGUGGAUAUGAGGCAGCUGAGAUUUUAAUCAAACCCUAACCAUCCGACCAAAGCAUUUAUGCUUAACGAUGUAAUCACUCUCCAAGGAUCAGGCGUUUAGAGCUUCAAUCGUUAGUUGCUGUUCAGGAUUGGGAUAAAUCCUCAAAAUAACUCGACAUUUUUGUGGUAAAGGUAAGUUAAGCCGCUAUUUUGUUGAGUAAGUUAACUUCAGAAUUUGCACUCAAUCUUCCUCAAAGUGUUCAAACUGAAGUUAAUAGAGUGACAGUAGUCUUGAAACUCAUGAUCUAGCAGCUUGGGAAGUUAUAACUUUCGUAUUAUGCCAUCCAGACUCCUUAGACUUAAAUUAGGACUGCUUUCUGGAUGCUUUCAGUUACCUCUGAAUUGGUACAGGUGAUUCAACUGAAAUUAGGAAUUAUCAGCUACACCACGAUCUCAUUAGAAUUGGAGAUGACCAUAUUCAGAAAAUCUUCUCCUGUUAUUUUUAAGCUUAUGAACUCUGAAACAACCAAAUGUCCAAAGUCUAGUGGUCUGAAACUCCUUGUUUCAAGGUGCUACUGAUCUGGUAUAAUUUCUUUAUGCUUCUGGUAACCCUGAGAAGGGGUUUCAACAUGUAUAUACAAUUAAGAGCAUCAACACAAGAGCUUUCCGGCAUUAUAUUUGUUCCGAAUCUUCACA